CCGCUGCCGCCUGGAGGCCGCGGUCACGCUGGGCUUUCCCUUCCCGGCGCUGCAGGGGGCUUGUGGAGCUGAAGAGGCAAUGCCCACCCCGAAAACCAUGAAGGGCCCCGGGCCCUACUGAGUUUACAGGUAACACGUACGGCUGUUGACCAUGGCAUCGGUGACGCCAUCCUUUACUUUCAAGGAGUUCUGCCCCUUGUAUUACCUCCUGAACGCCAUUCCUACGAAGAUCCAGAAGGGAUUCCGUUCCAUUGUGGUGUACCUCACUGCUCUCGACACCAAUGGGGACUACAUUGCUGUGGGCAGCAGUAUCGGGAUGCUGUAUCUGUACUGCAGGCACCUAAACCAGAUGAAAAAAUACAAUUUUGAGGGGAGAAGCGAGUCUAUCACCGUUGUGAAACUCUUGAGCUGCUUUGAUGAUCUUGUUGCGAUUGGAACCGCUUCAGGCAAGAUUGCCGUUUUUCAGCUGGUUUCUUCGUUGCCUGGGAGAAACAAACAACUUCGAAGAUUUGAUGUGUCUGGAAUCCACAAAAGUAGCAUCACAGCUUUGGCGUGGAGUCCCAACGGAAUGAAAUUAUUCUCUGGAGAUGACAAAGGGAAAAUUGUCUACUCUUCUUUGGAUUUUGAUCAGGGUCGUUGCAAUUCCAGUUUGGUCUUGGAAGAGCCGUCUUCAAUUGUGCAGCUAGAUUACAGUCAGAAAGUGUUGCUGGUCUCCACUCUACAGCGAAGUCUACUGUUUUACACUGAAGAAAAAUCAGUCAAGCAAGUUGGAACCCAGCCCAGGAAAAACACUGGAAAAAUUGGAGCAUGUUUUAUCCCUGGGCUGUGUAAGCAAAGCGACCUGACACUGUUUGCUGCAAGGCCUGGGAUUCGCCUUUGGAAAUCGGAUGUCCGUGGGACUGUACAGGCCACUUAUAUUUUGAAAGACGUGUUCGCUGCUGGAAUGAAAUCUUUCGAAUUAUACCCCCGGAUGGAACGCACUGACAAGGGAAGUUACAAUUUCCCUGAGCGGCAACUCGGCCUCAUUUCCUGCUUUUUCCAGGAAGGGUGGGUGCUGAGCUGGAAUGAAUAUAGCAUCUAUUUAUUAGACACGGUAAACCAGGCUCUGAUUGGCAGCUUGGAAGGGUCUGGUGAUAUUGUGUCUGUGUCUUGUACGGAAAACGAGAUUUUUCUCUUAAGGGGAGACCGAGAUAUCAUAAGGCUCUCGAGCAGACCCGAAGGGCUGGCGUCGAUAGUUUCAGAUGUAAAUUCAAAGUUGACGUGUCCGUUAUCUGAUUUGAGCCCAAAAUUACAGAGCCCACACUCAGUUGUUGCAUCAGUGUCGCCUGAUCCGUUUGCGCAAGCAAACCAAAAAUCCAGCAGCUUCCCUUCGCCCCAGACUCCUGGGGAUAAAAAUGAUUCCCUGACAAAAGCUGAUCUGGAAGCUGCACUGUUGAUGGAGAAAAUUCGCUCUCAGAGCUUUGAUGGACUAGGGGAGCUGACCAGCGACCCAAGGAGAAGGGGCUGUUCUGUAGCUAGUGAGUCAAGAAGUAGGAGCAGCUCAAUGAAUUCUGUGGACAGUGGCUCCAGUUUUAUGACCACUGGAGAUCAUACCUCCCUGGAAGGUCAAAGAGAAGCUCUGCUUUCUUCUCAGCGAUUCAGCGUGAUCAGCUCUGAAGACUUCAACCAGGAACUCGUUGUCAAACCAAUCAAAGUGAAAAAGAGGAAGAAGAAAAGACCUGAAAAUGGGACCAGGCAGAAUCCAAGCUCUCUGGAGAGCACGCCAUGCUCGGAAUAUCAAGGUUCUACUGACAGUCCCCAGUCGACAAACGCAGACUCCCUCUCCAUCGCUUCAAGCCUGAUGAGCGGCGUUGUAGACCGCUUCGGUAUAGAUUCUCCAGACCGGGAAAGUCUGGAAUCGCAGAGCGUGCUGGGGGAGGAAAACAGCUCUGACAUGUUCAGCGUGCUUCAGUCGCCGGAGCUGACAGCUGCUCUUGCCCCAGAGGAGAACGGUGAAGCUCCUGAGCUGCUGAAACUCUCUAACGGGGAAGACGAAAUAAGCACAUUGGCUGCUAGGGACGUCUCAGCUUCUGGCUCCCCCUUGUUGCUUGCCGGUGACCAAGUGGGUAGCAAUGAGGCUGAAGAAAACAGGAGCCUUCCAGCCGAACUUUCUGAAACCAACUCCAAGGAGCCGUCCCAAGAUGAAGAGGAUUAUGCUGCUCUGUGCAAGACAGAGCAGAUAGUAAAUCAGCCAGGCCAACAAAGUAUUGUAGAUCUUCUGAAAGACCCAGAGCCUGUGAAUGGAAUGCUGGAAAAAGCAAUAAUGGCCUCUGGCACUGAGGGAUCUUUGGGCUUGGAAACAGGGGCUGAACCCCUCCCAGAGCAAGAAUCCUUGAUGUACAGAGACCCCCUAAAUCCCCUUAAUGAUCUUUCUACUGAACUGUGUCCCCAAGAGGGUGCCUUACCUGGGCAGGACUUGAGGGAGGCAUCGAGCCCUCAGUGUAACGUGAACAUGGCCAGCGAAUGGACAAGCAACAAUGCUGGAGCUGAGAAAUCAUCCUCAAGCGAUGAAGAGGAUAUCUACAGACAUGGCCUGCCGUAUUCAUCUUCAGAAGCCAGUGUGGCGGAUGCAGGGGGCUGCUUUGCUCCUCCGGAGAAAGCCCAAGUGAGCGUAGAGGAAGGGAUGCUUUUGAAAUCCGAUCAGUUUGCAGAAAGUUGGAUGGGCUACGCAGGUCCUGGCUAUGGAAUACUGAGCCUGGUUGUCUCCGAUAAAUACAUUUGGUGCCUGGAUUACAAAGGCGGCCUGUACUGUAGUGCUUUACCUAAUGCUGGUCUGCGCUGGCAGAAGUUUGAGGAAAAUGUCCAGCAGGUGGCAGUCUCCCCUUCAGGGACGCUCCUCUGGAAGAUUGAACAAAAAACCAAUAAAGCCUUUGCCUGCGGGAAAGUCACUAUAAAAGGGAAACGUCACUGGUAUGAAGCUUUACCUCAAGCAGCCUUUGUGUCUUUGAGUGACGACACAGCCUGGAUUAUCAGAACAAACGGUGACUUGUAUCUGCAAACAGGCUUGAGCAUCGAUCGCCCCUGUGCCAGAGCCGUUAAGGUGGACUGUCCGUAUCCACUCUCACAGGUUACAGCCAGAAAUAACGUCGUGUGGGCGUUGACGGAGCAGCGUGCGCUUCUGUACCGAGAGGGUGUGAGCAGUUUUUGCCCAGAAGGGGAGCAGUGGAAAUGCGAUAUCAUCAGUGAAAUGCAAGCUCUAGAGGCCGUCUGCAUUACUCUCGGAGACCAGCAGACUAUAUGGGUCUUGGACAUCUACGGGAACCUGUGGUUCCGAACUGGCAUCACCUCAAAGAAACCUCAAGGAGAUGAUAACCACUGGUGGCAAGUAAGCAUUACGGAUUACGUAGUGUUUGACCAGAGCAGCCUUUUCCAGACCAUCAUCCAGGCAACGCAAACAGUAGCCACAGCCGCUCAGGCUCCUGUUGAGAAGGUAGCUGACAAACUCCGCACGGCUUUCUGGUCACAGCAGCUGCAAUGUCAGCCAAGCCUGCUUGCCGUCAACAGCAGUGGCGUCUGGAUCUCUUCUGGGAAGAAUGAGUUUCAUGUAGCUAAGGGAAGCCUGAUAGGUACAUACUGGAAUAAUGUUGUGCCUCGUGGCACUGCUUCAGCCACAAAAUGGGCUUUUGUGGUGGCUUCUGCUGCUCCGUCAAAAGAAGGAAGCUUUCUGUGGCUGCGGCAGAGUAACAAGGACCUCUUUUGUGUCAGCGAUCAGAACCCGCAGUUCCACCCUUCAACAGUGCAGCUCCCCCUCGAUGCUGAGAUGGUGUAUUACUCUGCUUGUCAAGAUGCCAUUUGGAGCUUGGAUAACUUGGGACAGGUCUUCAUAAGGACACUUUCACCGACUUGCCCUACUGGGAUGCACUGGACCAAACUGGACCUUUCUCAGCUAGGUGCUGUGAAGCUGAUCGGUUUGGCAUGUGGAAAUCAGCACAUCUGGGCCUGUGAUAGUUGUGGCGGUAUAUACUUCCGAGUUGGUACUCAGCCUUUGAAUCCAAGUUUGAUGCUGCCUGCGUGGAUCAUGAUCGAGCCGCCAGUCCAGCCAGUUGGAAUCAACUUAAUUAGCAUCUUCUCGAGUCCCAACGACCAGAGCCUGUGGGCGAUUGAUAGCAAAUGGAACGUUCACGUCCGCACUGGGAUUACUGAGGAGAUGCCGGUGGGAAUUGACUGGGAGCACAUUCCAGGGCUUCAAGCCUGUCAGCUGGCAAUAAGCACAAGAACCGUUUGGGCCCGCUGUCCCAAUGGGGAUGUGGCACGACGGUAUGGCAUCACAGAUAAAAAUCCCGCCGGCGACUACUGGAAGAAGAUUCCGGGAAACGUUUCUUGUUUGACAGUGACUCCCCUGGAUGAACUGUGGGCCGUUAGUACUUCAGGACAGCUCCUUCAGCGUCUCACAAAGAACUUCCACCACUCUCUCUCCAUGCAGAAGCAUGGCGACGCGUCUGUAUCAUUUCACUCUGACGACUUUGAAGAUGAAUGGGAAGUCAUAUGAGGCUGUUGCAGAGCUGUAAAAUAGCGAAGAAAUGCACUUGGAAGUCCUGUUACCUGCCAGAAUGUUAGACUUUUAAAGCUGCUUACAUUUUGACAAUAUCCGCACUUUGGUAUUAAAAAAAGAGAACUCACCUGUCCAAAAAUUGUGUAGUGAGAUGUCUUGUUUCAGUAUCUCUCAGGCGAGAUGGACAACGUGGCUUAAAAAUUUGUCAAUUUGUCUUUAUUGUAGCCGUUCUAUUUUGAAAUAUAACUUAUAAAUUAACCUCAUUAACAGCAAAGCUAUUUUGCUAUAGCAUGCACACUCAUAUGUAUUAUGAUAGGAAGGGCUCCUGGUUACAUUAAAUGUUUCUCAAAAGCAGAAUAAACUUUUCUUGUAUUUAAGACACCAAGUAGAAGAAAGUGGGUACAAAUGGGAGGGAAACCACAAUGCACCUUUGUUUACAAAAAGUAACAAUAUGGCGGUACAUUUUUUGGGGGGGUGGAAGGUCAAAUUUGGUUUUGUGAUGUAAUUUGGUACUAAGCUGACGAUCAUUUGGGAAGUGCACUUUGUAUAACUUCCAGUUCUCUGGUGAAUUUUGGUUUGUUGUGACAUGGGUUAAAAACCUUAAUUUCAAAUGUUGCCUAAAAGCUCGGACCUUGGUUCCCCUCUUACAAGUAAUGUUUCUUCCACAGGCACCCCGGAAUGGACUAACUUGACCGUUGUUGGUUAGACUUGUAAAACAAGAGUGCCUCUGUAGGUUGUGUGAAACCCUUGGCCCAAUUCAACCGUGCCUCGAACUAGAGUAGCCUUCCUUUCUUGUAAAGAUCAUUAAGAAUGAAAAACAAGAAGUGGCAUAAAGAAAUAUAUUUAUUCCAGAGGAGAGUUUGUGGUAACAGUUACAAUAUGUCUUCACAAUGGUGGAUUUUUAGCUAUAUUAGCUAAAUCUUGCUAUGUCUUACCUUAUUUGAGAUGUUUACAGCAAAACCUGCUAGUUUAUUAAUCACGACAGCUUAUAGUUUAUGAAAGUUAAUGUUCUUCAGAAUAAAACUAAAGGUCGAAAUAGCUUGCUCAGUGGCUUGGGACAGAAAGGCUGUGGUAGCAUUUGGUUGUUUUUGUUUAAUACCUACCCAAAUUAACCAAGUGUCUUUUCGAAUGUCCAAAACAGCUGCUGAAGAAUCUGCAAUUGAGCCAACUUCCAGUUUUUUUGCGGAGGGAGCAUGAGAACCAGUUCUGUACCUGCUUCUUCCUCUCCACCCUUGUUAAUCUCUGCUUUGGGGGAGGAGGGAUUUGCAUAGGAGAAAGCACAGGAGGAAAAGGUUGAGUUCCCACCACACACACACACUACCCUGAUCUUCAGAGCAGAUGUUGGGGCAAGAGACUUCCCUCAUACCAUUUAGUUUUGGCUCUAUGUGCAGAGCAAGAGGAAUAAGUGUUUCCUCCUUGUUGAGAAAAAACAGGAAUUGUGGGAACCGCCACUUUCUCAGAGUAUCGAGAAUUACCUUUGUGGCUGUGCAUACCUGUUUUUGAAGCAGGACUUGCAUCAUUAACGCUUGUCACUACUCAGUUUUCUCUGUCUACGCUUUCCGCAGUUCAUUAUGAACGUGGAGGUCAUAUUUGUUUCCCACCGAGAGCUGAUAAGUUUUGCUCGAUCUUUUCCUCUUCUAUAUAAGGAAUCGGCCUCUCAAGAGUUUCUUUUUUUAGCCCAUCACUGGAUUGUAAGAGGCACUCGGCUAUUGAUGUUUACUUGGUUCCCAUGGGUGGACUGUUUUGAGGAGCCCCCAUGGGAAGUGGAUUUUCAAGAAGUGUUCUGACGUUGAGGACUCUGGAAAAAGACGGGCGAAAUGGUUAACAUACCACCUGGCCAAGAACCAGAUGCUCACCUGUAGUGCUGAAAAAUGACAUUUUUAUAGAUCUUACACUUGCGGGGGCGGGGGGGAGAGAGCUGUCUUGGUCAUGGCUUGAGCUUGCUAGCUGUUCAUACUCCGUACAGUAAAUUCACGCUGCUUUCUUGAUGAAUAUUAACUGGUGUUGACAGCCCUUGUUAAGCCCAUGGGACUUUUUGUAUAGUCUCAUCUAACCAUCAGAAACGUUUUUCCAUCCUUAGUUUCACUUCUGUACUCUUGUGUUUCUUUUGUGCUUUCAGACAAGUGCAAUAAACUACUCUUUUUCUUAAAAAU